AUGGAGCCAGAAGCGUCGCAGCCCAUGCAUAUACGGUUUCCCGUUUAUCCUCUUGGUUUCCUAAUGAACCACUCACCUGGUUCACCUCCCUUUGAUCUCUUCGUCGGUAACCGUGGUGUUGUUCGUGCUCACGCUCACGGGCACAAUGGCCCCGGAACCUCCCCCUCUGGCAUGAAGUUGACUGUCCUAUCUGCGGAGGGAUCUUGGCAAGUCCAAAUGGUCACCCCACAGACGUCUGCCAUAUCCAUGUCCCCAUCAUCGUAUGGAGUGGAAUGCUCUUCCGUGUCAAAGAAUAUCUCACGAUCGGUUGUUGUAGAUGUCAGGUCAAUGACCUCUGACUCAGGCAAAAAUGCAAAAGUAUGA